GUUGCAUUCUUCUUAUGAUGAUUACCAUGCUAGAGUACUCUAAAAUGGCAGUGGAGCUUGAUGCUGUCUUGGAUACCGAUUCUACUAGUUUAUGAACCAGUUGAGCUUGUUCAACUUUCUUUAAUUGUAAUGUUAAUUUUUGUUUCGUUUGGUUUUGUGUUUUCAGGCAAGCAAAAGAUGUCGUUAAAGGAAUAAAGAAGCGCCUUGGAAGUAAGAAUGCCAAAGUUCAACUUCUUGCUUUGACAGUAAGCCUCGGUAACACCUGACAUCUAUUUUAAGUUCCACACAUAUGUUGAUUGGUUUAGAUGGUUUGUGGACCAAGCAUAAUAUCAGCAUUCUCCCCAAUUGGCAUUGAUAAACUUUUAGGGGUCGUUUGGAUUGAGUAUUUGGGGGUGUUAUUUGUGGUCAAAUAACAGAUUUUGUGUUAUUUGACCCCAAAUAACAUGUUUGGCUGACAAAAAGUGAGAUGCGUUAUUUGGAUGUAAGUGUUUUGCCAAAUAACAGGUUUGAGACCAAAUAACACAAAAAGUGUUGUUUGCCAAAUACUUGGGAGGGGGCAGGUAUUUGCCAAAUAACAAGUUUGAGACCAAAUAUCACAUACCAAAUAACAGGUUUUAUAUUAUGUGGUAUUUGUGUGGUAAUUGACCCCAAACAACAAGUUUGUCAAAUACUCAAUCCAAACGACCCCCUAGUAACUUGAGCCUUUAGAACAGACGAUCUAGGCUCUUCUGGAUGUGUCCGAUAUAUGCAUAUACUUCUCUGCAUCAAUGUUUAGUGGGUUAUUGCAAACCUUUAACCUCUAGAUACUUGUUUUCCAUCAAACUUGUUAGAAGGGAAGCGGCUUCAAGGCUGUAAGGAUAGAUUGGAGGCACAGUAUAUUAUCUAGCUGCUACUAACUUUGUGUUCUGAAUUCUGGUUUCUUUCCUUUUGUCUCGAGGGCAUAAGAUAAUCAAACUUUGGUGGGAUAUUUCCUUUUCGGGGGUUCUGCUGUUGUUGGGGAUAAUUAGUAUAAUGAUUAGGAAUGAGUAUAGUUACCUUCUUUGAAAACUUGAAGAUGAAGACUGUUUACAACUUAGUUUGUGUUCUGAAUUAGUAUCCUUGAAGAUGAAGGCUGUUUACAACUUGGUCUGUACAUUGUAUUCUAGUUAAUGGAGACUAUCAUAAAGAAUUGCGGGGAUAUCGUCCACAUGCAAGUGGCAGAGAGAGGUUUGCUCCAUGACAUGGUGAAAAUAGCGCGGAAAAAGGUAAGGGCUCUUCUACAAUCUGGUUCUCCUACCCAGUGGCAUUUGUUCGGAAGUAUCUUCAUAAUGAUCCUUGGUGCUUGCUUUGUAGCCUGACCUUCAUGUCAAGGAGAAGGUUCUGACUCUGAUAGAUACAUGGCAAGAAGCUUUUGGAGGGCCAAGGGCAAGAUAUCCUCAAUAUUAUGCAGCAUACCAGGAGUUGUUGGUAUGUUCUUCUGACAUAACGUUCCUGUGUGACCCGAUAAUCCAAGUAUCUUGAUAAUUUCAGCAUGUUUCACCAACCAUGUGCGACUUCUCAUUUCAUUGUCUUUGUCUUUGGGGCCAUUAGUAAUUUUAUCAUGGUCUGGCAAUUUCUUUAGUUUAUUAUAUUCAAUCUUUCAGAGAGCUGGGGCAGUGUUUCCUCAGAGAUCGGAGCAAACAGCUCCGGUUUUCACACCUCCACAAACACAACCAUUAUCAUCAUAUCCGAAGAAUCUGCCGAAUCCUGAUGCGAGACCGGAGCCAGCUGAAUCCUCUGAGUCUGAGUUCCCAACCUUGAGGUACAUCUGUGAUUUCUUCAUUUAUACACUAAGUUUAUUCUUUUUACUUUAUAAACAGUUUGUUGUAGUUUGUAUGAUAAUCUUGUCUUCUGGUGUACGUGGCUAAAUAAAGCGACAUAGAUCAGGUUUGAUUAAACAGUCUUCUACAGACGUGAAACUGUAGUUUAUGUUCUUAUAAAUAUGAAGUACUCCAAAUGUUCUUUUUUGUGGCACAUAUCAGUGUGGCAGUACAUCCUGCAUACUCUUUCUUCUAUGUACUGCGAAGUGUGACCAUUGCAUAUCGUGGAUCCGUUUGCUUCCUUGGUUUAUGAGUUGUAUGAUCAUUUAUUUACAAGUCUGGUAAGCUGAAUGCUGCUGGAUGUAAUGAUUUUUCUAAAAUUCAAAGCCACCAGAGUCUCCACAGAGUCGGAUAGUUUUUCCCUUCAGUUUCUAUUUUACCAUAAGCUUCUUGUUGCUAUGUACCCUUCAUGCUAUUGUAAUUUUUUUUAUCCAGCUUAUCGGAAAUCCAAAAUGCACGUGGUAUCAUGGAUGUCCUGGCAGAAAUGCUUAGUGCUAUAGAUCCGGGAAACAAAGAGGUAUGCCUCCCAUUUGUGCAGAAUAAUACACUGAAUUUGUGUGAUGCGUCAAUAAAAGUGUUGAUUGUUCUUGUGUGUUUGAACUUAAGCCGUGAUUUUCAAAGACGUUAUAGUCUCAGAGGACUAUGGAAAGCUCUGUAAUUGCUUCUUCAUGGUCAUAUUGGCAUUCAGGGAUCUCAUGACUAUAGCAGCUUAUGGGGUAGUCAUAGAAUGUAUAGAUCACUGUGCUUUCACAAAAUUUUAUUAUUUUAUUCGUCCAACCAGGAAAUACGUUUCUAAUUCACUCAAUCCUUACAUUUAUUAUUUUUUCCUCUUGAAUAUCUUAGGGUCUAAGGCAGGAAGUCAUAAUUGACCUAGUGGAUCAGUGUCGCACAUACAAGCAAAGAGUGGUGCACCUUGUUAAUUCGACAGCGUAAGCUUCUGUUUGUAUCACUUCGAUUAAGUGAAAUAUUUAUAAAUUGAUCUUUCCACCAUCUUGACUUCUGCUCAUUUUGAUGAACUAAUGUUGGGUCUGCUAAUAAUUCAAAUUUUUUUUUUUUGGCUAGUCCAUUUCUUCUACUCAUACCUUACUUUCUUUUACAAGCUUGUGUAUUUUGCAAAGUUGCUUCUGUUACUAUAGAGCUGAAAUAUAUGCAGUGAGAUAGUAGUUAGGACUUAGGAGAGGUUCGCGAGUCACCUUUUAUUAUUGUCUCAACUGGGUUAUAGGACACCAUGUUAAAGCUGUAUGCAUGGUGCUGAACGAUUACUGAUCAGUACUGUGACAUAGGGUAUCUCUAUUUGGGCGUGAAUGCUGUUUGUUUGAGAUGGUUUUCCUAUUUCCAGGGAUGAAUCACUGCUAUGUCAAGGUUUGGCACUUAAUGAUGACUUGCAGCGUGUUUUAGCCAAACAUGAAGCCAUUUCGUCAGGAACUGUUCUUCCGAAAGAUAAGCCAAAGACGGAUACUCAACCUAGUGGGAGUCUAGUUGAUGUUGAUGGUCCUCUAGUUGAUGUUGCGGGUGCCAAACAGUCUAAUCAGGAGUAAGUGAUUCUUUAUUCAGACAGGUGUUACCAUGUCCUAUGCAGCAUAAUGUACUUCUAAAAUUUAAUAAUUUUUGGGACCCUCCAUAAAAGUUCUUCUAUGAAGUUGUAUUGGAAAUUUGUGUUUGUUUGAACUGUUAUUUUCAAUUUAAGUUAUAGGAUCUCAAUUUUAGACCCGACAAGCACACGUUAAUCAGCACUGUCUUUCUGCAGAUCUCCUUCGAGUUCAAGUGGAGCCAAUCAGCCACUGAACCAGCUAUUGCUUCCUGCACCCCCCACGAGCAAUGGUCCAGCCACUCCAUCAACAGCAGCCAAUCCUAAGAUGGAUCUGUUAAGUGGUGAUGACUUCAGUUCCCCAAAGGCUGGUGACACAUCACUUGCUCUUGUUCCUGUAGGUGAAACACAGGCCACUACUUCUCCUUCUCAGCAGAAUGCACUUGUCCUGUUCGACAUGUUCUCCGACAAUCAACCAAACGGUGUUGCAAACAAUCCUGCCAAUGCUAACAUGCAGCCUACUCCAUUCGAUGGUCAAAAUAACACUAUGACCCAGCAAUUCCAACCACAGCAAAAUUUCCAACCUCCAGAACAACCUGCGAUGUACCCUAAUGGAACCACGCCGAAUAUGGGAUCGCCAUUCAUGCAAGGUUCUGUCCCUGCCUGGAAUGGACAGCUCACCCAGCAGCCUCAACAGCCCGUCUCUCCAGUUUAUGGUAUGUUUCUUGUUUUUGUAUAAUAAUAACAUACUUGUGUUAAUGUCAUCACUUCAUCAUCUUUCUGUUGGUUUUAAGGGUGGGAAAAUGGUCUUGUAGUUUUUGGUUAAUCCGAAACCAACGAGUUAUUUGGUUUAGGUUGUUGAUUUUAGGAAUGGAAAUAUUGGUUUUAGUUUCGGUAAAAUCAGAAUUCUAUUUUGUUUUGGUUUAAAAAGUUCGAGUUUUCUUGGUUUAAAAAGUUUUCUUGGCUUUGGCUAACCAAAAUCAAAACCUAUCCACCAU